AUGAAGCGCAAGCGUGGGCAUAAGAAAGGGAAGGCAAAAGGUACGACUAACCAUGGAAUAAGUGCUGACGAGAACCUAAGUAAUGGUGGGGGUCAAAACAAGGAAGAAACCUCCGGUUUGGAUGAGUUUGGUAAUGAUAAAGAUAACUCUGGAAUGGAAGUUGACACACCUUCUUCAACUGGGACGGAUCAACAUUACAAUCUUGCUAACAUAAAUCCUGAUGGUUCCAUUGAUAAGGCUAUUGGGAAAUCAGUUGGGCGUGUUAAGGUGAAGCUCAGGACACCUAAAAUGUUGGACUCCCAACCCACCUCAUCUGAUGCUCCCACACAGAGCGAUACGGAUAAGAGUAGCCAGCAUCAUGGCCUUGAAAGACAAGGUGUGAGUGCCGAGAGAAUGGAGGAUAGUGCAAAUUCGUUGCCUGAUAUGAAAUUGGGUACUCUGUCAAAGAGAGCCGGUAGCAUAAAAAUUAAGUCUUCAAAGGUUUUGGGAUCAAAUGCUGAGCCCACAAGCAAACCAUUGUCAGCUUCCACCGAGAUCAUCCACCCAAAAGAAAGAAAGGCCACUCAACAGAGUGCACAAUAUAAUAAGCAGGAAUUGGAUGCUUCUUUAGUGAUUAUAAGGAAGGUAAUGAAAAUGGAUGCAGCUGAACCCUUCAAUGUUCCUGUCAAUCCCGAAGCUCUUGGAAUUCCUGACUACUUUGAUAUCAUAGACACACCAAUGGAUUUUGGAACUAUAUGCAGCAAUCUUGAAAAAAAUGAAAAGUAUACGAAUUCAGAGGAUGUAUAUAAGGAUGUUCAAUACAUUUGGGACAACUGUUACAAGUAUAACAAUAAGGGUGACUAUAUCUUGGAUCUUAUGAGGCGAGUAAAGAAGAAUUUUAUGAAGUAUUGGACUGCAGCUGGACUAUACUGUGAACAAUCAAAAGGGACCAAGGGUAUAGAGAGGAUUUCAACAGAAGAUAUUGCACUGUCUGGUGAUGGAAAAGUAGGAAAAAGUAGUCAAUUGAAGCAGAAGACAAAAAAGCGACAUGGGAGACACCAUAAGCAUGAUUGUUUAUGUGCUAUUUGUGUUCUAAAGCGACGUAGGAAGGAACGGGAGGAAAAUGCUCGAAUGGCUAGAGGCAGCUAUGGAUCUGGAGGUGAUAAGCAUGCUAAAGAGUUUAAACACGAGGAAUCGAUACAGGUAGAUAGUCCUGGUGGCGAGGAUUCAUCAUCAAAUAUAGAUGAAUCUAUGGGCACUGAUGGAGAUGUUGAUGAAGACAGAGGAGAGGUAACAAAGAUGGAGAUUAGUGAGAAGCAGUGUAGCCCUUCUGAGAGAAAGCAUGGGAGCAUUGAUGUUGAUAAUGAUGAUGAUAAUGAUGACCAUGGUCUAGAAGAAGGGGAUGAGGAUGAGGAUGAGGAGGAGAAUGGAGAGGAAGAAGAUGAGGAAGAGAUUGAAAUGAACAGUCAGAAGAGACAGAUAGAUGAGAAUAUGAAACAUGGUGGAACCUUGGCAGCGAAAUCAAAUGUUGGUGAUGCAACUGUUUAUCACGAUGAAUAUGGAACAAAGCAACCAGAAGGGCAAGCUACGGGGGUCCAGCAACAGAAGAAGCAAAAGGCGUCACAAGAUAAACAGCAGAAAAGUAAGGUCCUUGAGAUUUUAUACAGUGAAAACCCCAGGCUUUCAACCUUAUGUGGAAUUCUUUUCCCCCAAAAUAGCCAGUCUGUUUGGAGUGGACCACACUCACUAAUACAGAAGAGAAAUUCUGCUCGUACUAGUUCAAUUCACGCUGCUAUUAGGACUUUCAUGGAGUAG